GCGUUCGGAGUAGGUUUGUGUCCCUCCAAUUUGUAACCGACAUCACAAGAAUCCUUUCAAAAGUUAUUGCAGACAUGUUGGUGCUCCAUGAAAGUAUCAAGAAGCAGGCAAAGUGCAGGGUUGAGUUGCACGUUCAUCUCGACGGAGCUCUUCGUCCUGAAACUGCAUGGGACUUGAUCAAACAGAAAGGACUACCGCUGCCUGGGGAUGGUUCUCUGCAAGCUCUCACUGACGCUCUCACCCCCAAAGAACCCACCGAUUUGGCCUGCUUCCUCAAGCCUUUCUCCAUUUUCUUACCAGCCCUUUCCGGAGACUUGACGGCAAUCCGUCGCGUUGCUCGAGAGUUCGUCGAGGACUGCAGCCGCGAGCUCGUGGCGUACUGCGAGGCCCGCUUGUGUCCGCAGUUGCUCAUGCCUCUGAAGAUGGAAACCCCGCCCGUCUGGGCUGCUGCUGCUGACCAUGCAAAUGAUGCCAAUAUUAAUGGCAACACUAACGGUUCUCAAAGCCAGGACGUGAUUGCGGAACAAAUUGUAGAGGCCGCUCUUGCCGGCAUAGGUGAGGGCGAGAAAACUUGCCCUGGCACCAAAGUUCGUCUCAUUCUCUGCUGCAUCCGCGGCCAACCAAAAUGGUCAGCGGAGAUAUUGCAGCUGUGCGAGAAGUUCAAAGACUCUGGCGUGGUUGGCAUCGAUAUCGCCGGGAGUCACCACACUGCGUCUGGCGGCGACACACACAGCGAAGGAGCGGAGGUGUUCCAGGAGGCCGCCCGUCGCGGCGUCCACCGCACAGUCCACGCCGGCGAGGACGCCCCUGCUGCCUCCGUCAGAGCUGCGAUAGACGACCUGAAGGCGGAGCGCAUAGGGCACGGGUACCGAGUGCUGGAGGACGAGUCCACCUACCAAUACUGCCGGGGGACUCACUUCGAGGUCUGCCCCACAUCCUCAUACCUCACGGGCGCCAUCUCAUCCCUGCAGCUCACUUCUAAACGCCACCCCGUACUCAGAUUCAUCGAAGACGACGUGAGCUUCAGCAUCAACAGAGACGACCCACUGCUGACGGCGACGUCCCUGCGUGACGAGUACAACCUCCUCGCGUCCUGGGGCUGCUCGGAAGCCGUCUUCGCACGCGCCAAUUUCAACGCGGCCCUGCACAGCUUCUUGCCGCCUGCAGAGAAGCGGGAGCUGCUGCGUCAGUUGCGCGACGCGUACGGCGUGCCUGACGUCGACGUCAGAAUCUCAGACGGCGAUUCUGGCAAGGCAGCGAAUCUCGACAAACCUUGUAUCACUGUCAAUACCUGGGAAAACAGAACUUGAAGAUAGAUAGAGUUUGAAUUUAACCACCGGAGCACAUUGCUUGAAUCGAAUUAUCUUAGUAAGUUAUCACGAAUUUUCGGCAACGAAAAUAAUACGUGCCUUGGCAUCAUUCGCUGGCAACUCCGAAAGAAUCGUUCCGGUUGAAGGUUGCAAUUACUGCCAGUCAUCACUAUUACUCCACUUCUCUAUUUUUAAACAAAUAGCCUUGAUCUUUUCUACGAUGAGACUAAUCUCAUUGAAUCGUGGGUAAAAUCUCCGGUGUGAAUCUAAUUUUGUUUAGCUCGAGCAUCUUGCGAAGCCGCCAUGUAAAAUUUGUACUAUCAUGAAAUGUACAUGUCAUGAAAUGUGUUCAUACUUGCGGAAUCUCAACAGACCGCUGGUGAAAAGCUUUAAGAGAACGUUUGUUUUUACAAAAUUAAAAUUAUUCCCUGCUAGACAUUAUAUGUCCUAAUAGAUCACGAUAAUUUGUUUUCUUUAAUUAUAUUUUACUAAUAUCGUUUAGACCUCUACUUUUUUGUUGUUAAUUAUAGGAAAGGAAAGAAAUGAAAAUAUCAUCUCCUAAUCACAACAGAGACAUUGUUCUUCAAGUGCCAAGUAUUCAAGGUUUUUUUUACUUUUGUCAUUUAUUGUAGCAAGUGUAAGACAAGUAAGAGAUCACGUUGAAAGUCUUCUAUGACAAGAAUCGGCAACAGGCCAUGGGCUUAUUUCUUCAGUGCCGACACUUCUAUUCUAAAUAGGCACAAGAGCUCCUUGGGUCCGUAGGUUGACCACAGUCCACGGCUUUGAACAAGUGAAAUCAAGUUCUAAACCACUUCAAAGUUACAUUUGUUUAGAAUUUGAACUAUACCUUUUAUGGUUAUGAUCUGUGUUCAUUUUAUCUAUCCCAGAAUUAAUAUCAUAUGAAUUAAUUAAUAUAAUUUUAAUAUAAAACCAAAUAUAUGGUGUUUUAAAACCGUUUUGUCUUUAUUUCAUGUACAUGUUUUUGAUUACGAUGUAGUUUUUAAGCUGAACCAUUUGCAAUGUCUGGCGUGUCGUGGUAUGUGGUCGCUUAUUUUUUCCAGGAUUUUUACUUUGGUAAUUACGUUAGAAUUUUGAUGAUUGAAGCUUUGAAAUUUUUCAAUUAUAAUGUUGUCCUGGUGGCAGAAAGUAUUUAUAAUGUGAUUGUGUAUUCUCUCAUAUAUACGUGCAUAUUUGGUGGAAUACUUGCCAAAUACAAUUCCUUUGUGAGUGAUCAAUGACCUGGACCACAUUUUUAUGAGUGAGAAGGAAGUAUAAUCUGUGUUAUUUU